GCUGCAGAGGGACAAGGACUCAAACAUGCAGAGAAACACUCAGGACAACUGUACUGAAGGCCAGAGCUCUAUGGCAGACCCUGGACAUCCAGUGAAAUGUUCCCCGGUAAUGGUGGACGGCGUUGCUCUGAACGGCCCCACAGUGAACAUCCUGGACUCGGAGGACUUCCUCCAGCAGUCCAUGGCCAUCAUCCUGGAAGACGCCGUGAAGAAGGCGACGGACGUCAAGGAGAAGGUCUGUGAGUGGCGCCCCCCAGAGGAGCUGAAGGAGCUGCUGGAUCUGGAGCUCAGAGAUGAAGGAGAGUCCGAGUCCCAGAUCCUGCAGCGCUGCAGAGACGCCAUCAGAUACAGCGUCAAGACCACUCAUCCUCGCUUCUUCAACCAGCUCUUCGCCGGGCUGGAGCCGUACUCUCUGGUGGCCAGCUGCAUCGUGGAGGCCCUCAAACCCAGCGCGUACACGUACGAGGUGGGGCCGGUCUUCACCCUGGUGGAGGACGCUGUGCUGAGGAAGAUGAUGGAGCUGGUGGGCUGGGAGGAAGGAGGGGACGGCAUCUUCAACGCAGGCGGCUCCAUGUCAAACAUGUACGCGGUGAACCUGGCGCGGUACCAUCACUGUCCGGACAUCAAGCAGCUGGGCCUCAGCGCGGCGCCGCGGCUCGUUCUCUUCACGUCACAGGAGUGUCAUUACUCCAUCUCCAAAGCUGCUGCCUUCCUGGGAAUCGGAACCAAGAACGUUUACAAGGUCCCGUCUGAUGAAAGUGGAAAGAUGAUCCCCUCUGCUCUGGAGGAGCUGAUAAAGAAGGCUAAAAGUGAGGGUGCAGUUCCCUUCAUGGUCAACGCCACGGCGGGAACCACGGUGCUGGGAGCGUUCGACCCCCUGGAGGAGAUCGCAGACAUCUGUGGGGAGCACAACCUGUGGCUGCAUGUGGACGCGUGUUGGGGAGGAGCGGCUCUCAUAUCGAAGAAGCACAAGCACCUGCUGAAGGGCAUCCACAGAGCGAACUCUGUGGCCUGGAACCCUCACAAGAUGAUGAUGGCGUGUCUGCAGUGCUCCGCCUUCCUGGUCCGGGACAAAACGGGUCUCCUGCAGCGCUGCUACUCCGCCUCGGCCUCCUACCUCUUCCAGCAGGACAAGUUCUACGACAUCAGCUUCGACACGGGAGACAAGUCCAUCCAGUGCGGCAGGAAGCCGGACGCCUUCAAGUUCUGGCUGCUGUGGAAGGCUGUGGGCGCCCGGCAGCUGGAGCAGAGGGUGGACAGAGCGCUCGCCAUGGCCCGGUACCUUGCAGAUGAGAUCAAGAAGCGAGAAGGCUUCCGCCUGCUGAUGGAGCCUGAAUACGCCAACGUGUGUUUCUGGUACAUUCCACCCAGUCUGAGGCAGCUGGAGGACGGACCGGAGCUGUGGAGCAAACUGCACACUGUGGCCCCGGUGAUCAAGGAGCGCAUGAUGAAGGUGGGCAGUAUGAUGGUGGGCUACCAGCCCCACAGCGACCGGGCCAACUUCUUCAGGAUGAUCGUGAUCAGUCCUCAGGCCGGCAAGGCCGACAUGGACUUCGUCCUGGACGAGAUCCACAACCUGGGGAAGGACUUGUGA